GAGGGAGAGAGAGAGAGUACACACACACACACACACACAUAUAUAUAUCCCAAAGAGGCUGGUGCUUCCAGACACAGCUGGACUCUGGGCUGCUUCACUGGACUGAAGCACCACUGGAUAUUUGACAGAAAAAGAUACCGUCAAAGGCUUGGUUGCCUGGGAAACUAGUUAGAUUAGUUAGAGCAACGCGUUUAAUGCAAAGAUGAACGGCGUGGCAGACUGGCUCGUGCAGAACCGGGACAAGAUCGAGAAAGGCGUUGAGAUCAUCGGCCAAGCCUCCGAGGUGCUGGCGUCCACCGUGGGCCAGCUCCACCCCAUCCUGGAGGCCGUGUUCGUGGCCUCGGCCGAGCUGCUGAGCAACCCGGACGGCAAGGAUGCCCGCUACCUGUCCCAGCAGUUCGAGCUGGUCAACAAGAAACUGGAGGGAAUCCAGAACGAGAUCGACAACAUCACCCUGGAAAUGCAGCGGUCGUCCAUGAACAAGCAGAACUUCGACCGCGAGGCUCAGAUGAUCAGCCAGUACGAGAAGUUCCAGGACUUCGUCAAUGCCAAGCCCAAGUUCAAGGAGAAGAAGAAGGAGAAGUUCCUCAGCCACUACGAGAACACGGAGGGCGACCUGAACUUGGACGGCCUCUACAACGCCGUCACCGGGGAGAACAUGUCUGGGGACCCGAUACUGGAGACGGUGCUCAAAUACAGCCACAGGAGCCGGAGGGCGGUGGAGGAUUUCUGCGCUCGCCUGAAGAAGCUGUUCGUGGUGGGCAUCAUCGCCGUCAUGGGCCACGCCGCCCUCAAGGAGGGAGCCGUUGGCAAAGACAUGGUGAAGAAGUGGCAGGACCGGAUGGAGGACGUAGAGAAGCGAAUGAAAGAGGCGGUGGACGACUGCACGGAGAACUUUGACAAACAAGCCAAGGAGGACAUGGAGAAACUGGUCCAGGAGAAUCCCGGUACGGUGAACCCCGAAUUCACCAAAACCCUCCUGGAUUCACUCAUCAAGAAGUACGAUUGGGUCAGCUGGUCCAUCAGGGCCUUCAGUGAAAAGGAACGCAUUUUCUUUUUCAACUGGCUGGCUGGAAAGAAGUGCCAAGGGAGCGGAGGGGCCAAGUGGUUCGACAUCUUGACCAAGAACAAGAUCAAGGUGGUGGUCUCGUUCUGCGUCGACCCCAAGCCCAUCGACAAGGGUCAGAUCGAGGAGCACAUCGAGCGGCAGAAGAUGAAGUGGGACAUGGUGGAGGUGGCCGUGUCUUUGAACAAGACCAUUCCCAGCUGCCUGGUCCACGCCGUCAGCCAGUACAAGGUGGUCGUGGAGUCCAACAAUUUCGAUAAAAGCUGUUAUUUCUUUGAGAAACGCAAAGGACCAUACCUGUGUAUCCACCCCGAGUAGGCUUGUCCAAGCAAAGUGAAUGUUGCACCUUCUAUCGGAUGAAUGUCUUUACCAGAGACUCUAUUAAAUACACAUCUUUACUUCAAUAUACCCUCUCGAUUGAUGUCAAAUCUGCUUGGUCUGAUUUCUGCUUGGUGACCUCCUGUCCUACCUUUCUUUCCUCUGUUGACCUGUUGAUGGAAUCUCAAUGACGAAAGACUUUCACAUAUAUCAAUGUUACUUCAGAUGAUGAAAUGAUUUAUGCUGUUAUUGGAUGUUUAUGCCACGUUUGCAUCACUGUAACAAUGCCAUUGGUUUGGUGGAAACACGGGCCGAUAUAUCAUCUAGCUUUGCCCAAAAGUAUUGAAAAAUAUAAUCCCAUCAGCGAACUGUAAAGCUCAGGAAUGAACAUGCUGUUGCAAGAUCCAUUUAAAAAACUGAAGCGCAGAAAGGAUCAUUUCAACUUGUAUUGUGUGUCUGGGAGCAGUAACUUCAAAGAGCCCUGACACAAAACCUUCUGAGAAAACCACAACGCGUCAUUUUCUAGAUUUGGGCCUUUGCAUGGCUUAAACUAACAAUGGUGGGCUUUAGAAGCACCUGGUUUCCAGUAUUUAUGUACAGCUAACCUAGAUAUCAAAGAAGAUUUAUCAUGAAAUUGGUCAAAAAUGGACCUUAAAAACUCAACCACAUGCUUAGUUCUUAAUUUUUUUUGUGCCUUUGGGCAACCCCUCGUCAGCACAGUGUUUGCUAUAUCCCAUGUCAGAAGUAGUUUCUGAAACUUUAGCCAAAUCUGGCUGAAAACUCAUGUUUUGUCAGCUUUGGGACACUUAUACCCCUUUUUCCACCAAACUGGUUCGAGGGCUGAUUCUGGGCUGGUUUUGAUGCUGGUUCACUCAUUCAACUUGUGAACCAGCUGAGAACCGGUUUUCUUUUCCAUAGCUUGGGUGCUAAGGGGAGCCACGCCAUUACGUCACUGCGUUUGCAUUGACGUGAAAUUUGAAGCAAAAACAACCGAUUUGCUCUAAUACGGACUUGGUAUUAGUUCGUCACUUCUUUGAAAAUGGCGCUGUCUCGCUAAGCUUACGUAAGCGGUUCUUUCCUCGCCCAGCAAUGAGUUGCUUCUACCUUGGAACUGUUUUUUGUGGCCUGGAGCCAGUUCCUUGUCAGUGGAAACAGAAAGCUCGGUUCCAAACUCAGCACUGGAACCAGUUUGGUGGAAAAGGGGUAUUAUAGCCCACAUAGCACUUUCCAGUCGCCCAAAAUCAGCCCCUAUUAUGUCCAAAUGUGUUUAGUCCCUGAGAAUUCCUGGUGUAUAUUAAAUAAAGAGUUGAAAUUGUUGAAAAUAAAUCAUAGACAAUACCAUAUGUGGGGUUAUAAAUGGACGGAAAAAAGGGCCCCAUAUGGGGUUCUCUGUGGGUUCCAUGUUGCUCAGCUAUAUGGUUGAUGAAUGGGACCAAACUGGGUUCCUUACCUGGGUCCCAUUUGGGCAAACUGUAACUGAAUCCAUGGUGACAGUACUGAAACACCAGAAAAUCCCACCCGGGGUCCUGUUUUACAGUGUAUUUGCAUCUCAGCCAGGCCUGUGUGAUUAUGUUGGCUCUUGGGUGGUAAUUAUGGUUUAGAGUUCUGCAAAUCUUGUAUCGUUGCUGAUUUUGGGGCGAAGCAUUUCUGUAGGUGGACAUUUUAAAGUCAAUCACAAUCAUCAAUGAAAUGUUUCUGUAUCUUUUAUCUUUGAUUUGUAAUAAACAACCAAAUACGGA